GAGGAGUUUGUUUGUGAACCACCAAUGAUUACUCGUCACACCUCUAAGAUGUUUGUGAUGGAGGGUCAGGAGGUCAGCCUACGCUGUAAGUCCAUCGGCGAUCCUGAGCCUUCAACACACUGGGUCAGUCCUGAUGGAAAGCUUAUAGGCAACACGUCCAGAACCAUCUGCUAUGAGAAUGGCUCGCUGGACAUCCUCAAAGCCUCAGUGAAGGAUUCUGGAAAGUUCACAUGCAUAGCAUCCAAUGCGGCGGGGGAAGCCACUGCUCCUGUUGAGUUAGUGGUCAACCCCUCACCACACUUUGACCCUAAAUUGGACCCUGACCCGGGGCCUUCAGACAUCCCCACAUCUAUCAAGUCUAACGCAAGCGGGGGUCAGGCGCGUUCCGACCUGCAGAGGGUCAGUGUGUCUGAUCUUACGUCCAGUUCUGCCACCAUCAGAUGGCCACCACAGAACCACAUACCCGGAGUCCGCAUGUACCAGAUCCAGUACAACAGCUCUACUGAUGAUAUCCUGAUAUAUAG